CUCUGUGUUUUCACAGCUCUGGGCGUUCUGCUCACUCUGCACAUCGCUUCAUCCAACAAGCUGGUGUGCCACAUGACAAACUGGGCCCAGUACAGGCCAAGCAGUGCCAAAUUCACCCCGGACAACGUUGAUCCCUUCCUGUGCACACAUGUUGUCUAUUCUCUGGCCACCAUCAGCAGCUUCAACCAGAUCAUCCCAACUGAGUGGAACGAUGAGGAGCAGUAUGCCAGGCUCAACAGCCUCAAGAAUGUUAAUCCUGCACUGAAGACUCUGCUGUCUGUCGGAGGCACAGACAAUGGAAUAAGCCCAUUCAUCGGCAUGGUUGCCAAGCCUGAGAGACGCGCAGCCUUCAUCAGGUCGGUCAUCAGCUUCCUGCGCACCCAUAACUUUGACGGGCUGAACCUGGCCUGGGAAUAUCCCGGCAGCAACGGCAGCACAGAGGAGGACAAGGAGAGGUUCACUCUGCUGGUCAUGGAACUGUUCAAGGCCUUUGAGGAAGAUGCCAAAGACAACAAGAAGACUCAGUUGCUGUUGUCAGCCACCGUUGCUUCAUUACGUCCCACCAUCGACAAAGCCUAUGAGGUCAACAAGAUUGCACCUCACUUGGACUUCAUCAGCGUCAUGACCUAUGACUACCAUGGACACUGGGAGCGAACUACCGGACACAACAGUCCACUGUACAGCAGCGCUGUGGACUCCGGCACUCACGUUCAUCACAACAUAAACUCUUCAAUAUCCCACUGGUUGGCUCUGGGAGCACCAGCUGAGAAGCUGCUACUAGGUUUCCCCACAUAUGGAAGAACAUAUCACCUUAUCAGCAGUGCUACCGGCCUAGGAGCACCAGCUAAGGGCCCAGCUGAUGCUGGACCCUACACUCGCACUGCCGGCUUCUGGGCCUUCUAUGAGAUCUGUGACUUCACCUCCAGUGCUACUUCUGAAUGGAUCGCUGAACAGCAGGUUCCAUAUGCCACCUAUGGCAGUUCCUGGUUGGGCUAUGAUGACGAGCGCAGCUAUUCUUCCAAGGUUCAGUGGAUGACUGCUUACAACCUGGGAGGUGCUCAUGUGUGGACUCUGGACCUGGAUGACUUUGUUGGAUCCUUCUGCUCAGCAGGAGCUUAUCCUCUUGUUAACCACCUCAGGAUGUCAAUGGGCUUCCCCCCCAAGCCCACCACCACCCCGGCCCCCACCACCACCAGGGACCCCAUGGCCGACUUCUGCCGCGGCCGCCCUAAUGGCCUGUAUGAGAAUGUAGCUGAUAAAACCACCUACUUCCAGUGCUUCCAGGGAAACACCUACCUGCACCACUGCCAGUCCGGCCUCAUCUUCUGGGACUCCUGCAAAUGCUGUGACUGGCCCUGAGCCACAGAAACAUGAACUACAAACAGUGUCAGCUUGCACUGAUUCACCUCAUGAUGCUGGGUUACAACUACAACCAUUUAGUAUGUAGCUGUCUCUUUGCAGCUGACUUUUCAUGAACAAAAUAAACCAAAGAUGAACUGAUGAAAGAUAUGCCUGAUUACUUCUGCUUUUCAUUCUCAUGUUUUAUGAGAAAAGU